UGAAAUAAGAACACGGGACAAGGCGCGCGUUCCCGCAUAAUUUUAAAACAGAUUAUAUCAAAACUAUUUUUUUUAUUUUUAUUUGUAAGUAACUCGUGAGGUUUUAUAUAUUUUGGCUGUGAUAAAAAAUAAAUAAAAAUGUUAAAGUAUACAGUGAAAAAAUAUUGUUCCGAAGGAAGCAAAAUUAACCAAGUAAUGGUGGCAGUUUUGAUGGUGCUGCCCGUAUUCUCCUAUGGCAUGGGGAUCGGUUGGUUAUCACCAAUGGGAGCACGGCUCAUGUCUGAAGAUUCACCCGCAGCAGAAGCAGUACAUCCCGAUGUAAUAUCUUGGAUGGCGUCCGUCCCCUACCUCGUCGGUACACCGGCGGUAUUUCUAUUCGGGUUUAUAGUGGACAAUUAUGGAAGAAAAAAGGCGCUAAUGUUGACAUCAUUUUCGAUGGCUGUAGCCUGGGGGUUAAAAUUAUAUUCCACUGAGAACUGGGCUUUGAUAUUAGCUCGAGCUGUCAUCGGCCUUGGAGUUAGUGGUUCAUAUGUGGUAACCCCUCUCUAUAUAAAAGAGAUCAGUGACGAUUGCAUCAGAGGUACACUGGGGAGUCUUGUAGUUUUAUCACAGAAUUUGGGCAAUCUCCUGGUGUACAUAAUCGGAGAGUAUUUGUGCUACCACGCGACCUUGUGGAUUUGUUUAGCUGUACCACUGAUACAUUUAUUGGUCUUCCCAACGAUGCCAGAGACUCCGUCGUACUUAUUGAAAAGCGGUAAAAUUGAAGAAGCUCGCUCAGUUUUGGCCUGGUUGCGCUGCCGGCAGACCACUGACACUGUGGUGGACAGCGAAUUACAGACAUUACUCUUGGAACUGGAACAGAGUAAUUCUAGAAAGUUCUUUCCAACGUUAAAGACUUUAGUGUCUGACCGCAGCACAUUCCGCGCGUUCCGAAUAACCUUAACAAUAACGCUUGCGAGGGAAUUGUGCGGUUGCCUGGCUGUGCUACACUUUGCUUCGCUGAUCUUCAGUAAGGCCGGCGGCGGCUGGGUCCUGUCAGCUAAUGAACAAGCAAUGGUGUUGGGAGUCGUUCAACUCGUCGGAUCUUGCACUGCGUCCACUUUGGUCGAAAGGACCGGCCGGAAGCCGUUGCUGGGCACGACAUGCGCGGUGUCGGGCGUGGCGCUGGCGGCGCUGGGCGCGUGGUUCGCGAUGAGUAACGGCGAGCACGCGUGGCUGCCGGUACUGGCGCUGUGUCUGUGCAUCUACUGCGACGCCGCCGGCCUGCAGCCCGUGCCCUUCGUCAUAAUGACCGAGAUGUUUUCUUUCCAGUACCGCGGUACGGUCACGUCGAUUGUAAUAGCAUUCGCGUGUGCUCUAGUCUCAGUACAGCUGCGCGUCUUCCAACCUUUGGCUGCAGAAGUUGGAUUAUAUCUAGUUUUUUGGAUCUUCGCCGCUGUAUGUCUCGUCAGCACGGCCUACAUCGUCUUCUACGUUCCAGAAACUAAGAGGAGAUCUAUAGAAGAGAUUUAUGCAGAACUCGGUGGGAAGAAAGAAAAAGACCCAGAAGCUGACGUUACGAGGCUCUAAGCUGAUUGUAAUGUUUAGAAACGGAUUUCUUUUGAAGCAACUUGUCAAUGUGCUUUGAAUAAAGGCUUAUUAAUAAUGCCGAUUAUGUUGCGAGUUGUAUAGUCAUCAUCGUAGUAGACAUAUGUUCCAGUAAUUAAAUAUUAUUUUUAUUUUAAAAGAUAAAAAUUAUCCUUAAUGUACGCUGUAAGUUUAAACGAUAUUUUAUCUAAGUAUAUUAAUAGCUCUGUUGUCUGUGGUGUUAACUUUCUUGGCUUUAAUCAGUUUUUAAUGUUAGUAUGUGUUAAUAUAUCUUCAGAUAUAUAUCAACGUCUGGCCGCUGAGAAAAUGUGUCUGAGAGGUCUGUAGUCGAAACAAAGAUGUCACUUUGAGAUGGCGAAGAAUUUAUUAUAUUUUAUAUGUAUAUUAUUAUAAUAUUGCCAUUAGAACUAAUAUCAUUAAACAUUGUAUUAAUAAAAAAUCGACUUACAUAUGAUGUUAUAAUGUUGUGAUAAAUUUCAUUUUAAACAAAAAUGUUUUUUUUUUUUAAUACGUACUGCGCUUUCAUAAGAUCAACCCGUUAUUUUUGAUAGUUUCAUGACCAACAGACCGACGUCAGAAAACAUUCUCUCAGCGAGCGGACUUAAAAAUCUUUAUAUUCAUAAUUAUUUAAGUAGUGUAAGUAGAACUUAUCUAAUCGAGAAAAAAAGAAAAAAUAUAAAAAUGUAGUCGUAAAUUAAUAUAUUCUAGCAUUAGCGGCCGCCGAAAAUUAAGAAGUAUAUAUAUCGAGAUACGGUAUAAGAAAUAUAUAGCCUCAUCGGUUGUUUGAAGACGAAGACUAUGUUAGAUAAUAUGUUCACUGAUAAUCGUACAUCGGUUACCUAUCUAAAAGUUUAGCUACUUAGAUUGGUGUGGAUGUGGCUACAUAGAAUUAUAAGAACAUUUAUGUAACUUUUGACAAGGCCCAAUACUGUUAUUGGAUAAGUAAUAAAGAAAACGUUCAUUUCAUUUAAAUAACAAAUGAGAGUAACUAUAUUAAAAACGACUCCAUAUUAUGUAUUAAAGGGAAAGUAGGAAACAUUAUAUGGAGUGUCGCAUUACAAAGGAACUAAAACAAACGAAAAAUUUUUUCAUCUUGGUGUGCGUGACAGCUAUAUUGUCACUCGCCAAACAUCAUACAACUUUACUAGUGUACAUGUACUUAGUGGAAAUCUUUUGAAAAAAGUGAUUUAAAGUUUCUAUUUCUUAUACCGUAUCAUAAACUAUGAGUGUCUUCAAUUUGACAGUUGUCUGUGUGUUGUCAAUGUCGUUGGAAUUGAAAAUUUUGGUACUUGAAACUAAGGGUCAAAGUAGCAGUGCCUACUGCGUACAGCUUACUCUUUACAAAAUCAAUUUGUAAAAUUAAAGAAAGAUAAUAUUGCGUUGGUGUUUAACAGCUUAUCCUUGACUUAGAUGUUAAAAUUUGAGCUUUCUCUCUUUGAUUUUUGUUCAGUAGAGGAAUUCCACAAGAAUAUUUGUUGCAAAGCUUACAAAAUUGUCCGCUUAUCGAGAACAUGUAUUAUGGCUGUAGAGUAACUUAAAAAAAUGUCAAUUUUUUUUGUAUAAAUUAAAAUAUUUUAAUUUAUUUAGUUAUAUUUUAUUUUAAUUCACAUUA